UCAAACGUCAAAAUUCAAUUUUCCGUCAGCAUAUUUGCUCGCAGAGGAUUGAGUCUACGUUUAUCAAUCAGAAAAACAAGAAAAGCUGAAGGUUUCUUGGUCGGUCAAUAUUUUAUUUGCUCCAUCCACCCGAAUCGGCAUUCUGUACUCCAAACCUGUGUAGUGCUAUUAUCAUUGAUAUCAUCCCUGAUCCAUAAAUAUCGAAUAGUGAAAAAUGUCGCAUCAAACCGGAAUUAAGGCAAACGCAGAGCUUCUCAAAUUUUUUGGGAAAUGCAAGGACGGAAAAACUCGAGUGCUGAAAGUUUCUAUCGAGAACGAGGAACUCACGCUAGUAGAUCACAAACAGAUCAAAAAAGACUGGGAAAAGGAUUACGAUGCAUUUCUCAAGCCACUGAUUGAGGAUGAUGUCCCAUGCUAUAUUUUGUACAGGCUUGAUUAUAAAAUUCCUACUGGCUACGCGUGGCUUCUCCUGAGUUGGGUGCCGGAAUCAGCAACAGUUCGACAGAAGAUGUUAUACGCUUCGACGAAAGCCACGCUCAAGAUGGAGUUUGGUUCCAGCCACAUCAAAGAAGAAUUAAACGCAACAACUAAAGACGAAACGACAUUUCAAGGAUAUCAAAAGCACAAAGUCGAUUUUAGUUCACCUGCUCCACUGACUAGCAGAGAGGAGGAACUGGCAGAAAUAAGGAAGAGCGAAGUGAAGACAGAUUUUGCUAUCGACACCAAGCAGCAAACACUAGGUGGCAUCAACUGUCCCAUUUCCGAAAUGACAUCGCAGGCGCUGUACGACAUGCGGAGAGGCGCUUACAACUACCUUCAGUUCCGAAUUGAUCUCGAAGAGGAGAAGAUUCAUCUGGUCAAUGCGGCCAAUAUCGAUCUAUUGAAGCUGCCCUCCCAGAUACCAACGGAUCACGCAAGAUACCAUCUAUAUUUAUUCAAGCAUGAACACGAAGGAAACCAUCUCGACAGUAUGGUGUUCAUCUACUCAAUGCCCGGCUAUAGUUGUUCGAUUCGCGAACGGAUGAUGUAUUCCAGUUGUAAGGGACCGUUUUCCGCGACCAUCGAGAAACACGCAAUUGAUAUAACGAAAAAACUUGAGAUUGACAGUGGCACUGAGUUGACCGAAGAGUUUCUGUACGAAGAAAUACACCCAAGGAAACUCAAUCUAAGGCCUCAGUUCUCCAAACCUAAGGGUCCUCCAAGUCGAGGAGCCAAAAGACUGACCAAACCACAGGCAGUCGAAUAAAUGCGUCUCAAAUCCAGGCAAAACAUGUUGAAAUCGGUCCAUUUUUUAGACAAAGCAUCCUGCAGCGCUGAGCAUUUGUUUGUCACCUAAUUUAUUUGCACAGAAUGUGUCUGAUUUAAUGAAAAAAUAAUUCUAAUUUCAAGGACUAUCUUGCAACGAACAGUUUUUAAUGCAAAGUGAGCGAAAAGCGUUCCUGAUACACACAUGUUCAAGAAGCUGCACAUAGAAAUUUUAAAUAUAAUUUCUUGUUCAUCAAUGUUCGAUCUCCGGUCAUACGCGUUUUGCUUGCAUUUGUGAGAACGCUUCAUAAUUAUAUUUCAACAUCACACGCAAUCAUGAGAUUACGAGGCUGAUCACUAUAUGGAACGAUAACUAGCCAGAAGCAGUGAACUAUUCAGUCUUCUUCAGAUGCUUUUCGAACAAAAAGCAACAUUAUAGGUUAUACGACAUUACAAAUAAAAGGCAACAAUACAACUCAAUGAGUAAUCAAAAUUUAUACAAAUGAGGAAUUAUACGAAUACGGCUAUAUUACGUGGAAGCGGGAAUAAAAUUGAACAGAACGAAUUUUAAAAUAUUUGUUUAACAAAAGGCAUUUUCACGUGGAGUGAUACAAUUUAGCAUACGGCAUGAGAAAGCAAGAUAAAUAAAUAGACAUAUUUCUAAUAAUAUUCUUUAUACAGUAGAAGACACAAUAAGGUAUGCAUUGGAAAUAAACCAUACUAU